AUGGUUUCAAGAAAUUAUAGGCCAAGUAUGGAAAAGUCUAGUGUUGAUUUGAAUCGUGAAACAUCAUCGACAUCUGUCUCUGAAACCCAACCUGAACAUAGUGUUGAAGGGUUGGAAAAUGUAGUUCUACACAAUGAAGAUGAAUCAAGAUAUAAAUGUAAAGUCAAAUGGAGCAAGGAAGCCACUAUACUUCUGAUAAGUGGAUGGCUUAAUACAUCCAAGGAUGCCAUUGUGGGGAAUGACCAAACUUCUACACAUUUCUGGGCUCGGAUCGCAGAAUACUACAACACCAACCAAAAAGGCGAGCAAGCAAGAACUGGAAGGCAAUGCAAAGAUCAUUGGAACAAGAUGAAUCAAAAGGUGGCGCGUUUCAAUGGGUGUUAUAAACGAGUACAACAAGCACAUCACAGUGGUUGGUCUGAUGAGCAAAUUCUUGAGAAUGCACAUCAAUUGUACAAAUCUAAAAAUAACAACUCAAAUUUUCUGCUUGUGGACUGUUGGAGAUUGCUAAAGGAUGAGCCAAAAUGGAAUACAAUGUACCAACCAAAAGGUGGUAAGAGAACAAAGGUGUCAGAUACAGGGGCAUUUACCUCUUCUUCCAAUACAGACAAUCAGUGA